AUGAGUAGACGUUUACUUUCUACCCUGGCAUCAUCGGAUGCAACCGAAAUUCCGAACGCAACUGAGUCAAAUCUGUUCAGCUCGAUCGCUUGUUCCGAUCCUAGCGACUCGGCCUACUUCUGUUCCUACGGCCAUUUUGCCAUUCACGCGGAAAUGAUCAACGAUGUGGUCCGCACCAAAUCUUAUCGAGAUUUCAUUUUAUCCAAUGCAAGCACACAUUUUGCCGGCAAGCGCGUACUGGACGUAGGCUGUGGCUCAGGGAUUCUAUCCUUGUUUGCUGCCGAGGCCGGGGCUCUCCAUGUUUACGGUGUGGAGGCUUCUGUGGAGAUUUUCACAGCUGCUCAAGAAACUGUGAUAGCUAAUCGUCUGGCAGAUCGUAUCACACUGUUACGAGAUUGUGCGGAAAAUGCAAAAUUGCCCGUGGAUCAAGUCGAUGUGAUCAUUUCCGAGUGGAUGGGUUACUUUCUCCUAUUCGAGUCCAUGCUAGACUCGGUCAUACAGGUUGCCUUGCGUUAUCUCGCUCCUGACGGUCACAUCUAUCCACGACAUUACUCACUGUGCCUAUUGGGUGUGUCCUGCGGUGAAAAAUUACGUCACGAUUGCGUGGAAUUGUGGAAUAAUGUGUAUGGUUUUGAAAUGCCCGCUUUGCGUCGAGCCGCGUUAACUGAAGCACACAUCCUAGACAUGGGUGAUGCACGAGUGCUCGGACCGGUGGACGCAUUGCACGGGUUUCGAAUUUUGACCAAAAACCCUUGUCACCUGUACACACUGGAUUUGGAUGCGAUAUUGCGACAGCGGAGGGAUCAUCCAGCUAAUGAGUGGUCAGACUUGCAGUCAGCUGAAGGCCCAAUCGAUUUAUUUGUUAAUCCCGAUUCACCUUCCAACGGAGAUGUCACGUUUCGGCUAGACGCAUUUGUGGGCUAUUUCGAUGUGCGAUUCGAUGACGAUGCCCCUCAUCAGGGGGUGAUCGGGAUGCAUGAACAUCUCGAACCGCUCAGUACUGAGGUGCAACCGUCAAAUGUUUUCGAUGGCAUGCCAUCCUAG